AUGAAACAGUCUCUUUGGCUUCUGGCCACUGGUUUGGUGGUGGCUCAGGCCCAUUCACAACGCUCCAGACCAAACACCGACGCCAACCUCCAAAGGCGCGGCAUCAAUAUUGACAAAUAUUUACUUCUUGACAUUAGCACUUACACCGAGGCUGCUUCUCUCGCUGGUGUCAUGCUGUCAACUGUUGGCUCUGGUUAUAUUGAAACUGCUACAAACCUUGUCAAAAGCGUGUUCCCUACCAUCGAUUUCCGUCUUGUCGAUGAUCACUAUGUGGGAACAAACGCCAUGGCCCAUGUGAACUUCAAACAAACCUUGCACGGGAUUGAUAUUGAUAACGCCGACUUUCAUGUCAAUGUUGGACCGGAUGGAAAUGUCUUUUCGUAUGGACACAGUUUCUUCAGCGGCUCACUCCCUCAAAAUCCCCCGCGACAGAAGCGGGACACCGAUGAUGUUGUCCAGGCUCUGAGAGGCGCCGUUGAUAUUCUGGGCCUCCCCGUUCAGAUACCACCCGAUACUGCAGCCGUUCCGAACUUGGUUGAGUCUACCGUCUACUCGGUUAUUGGGACCUUAGGUGCUGAACGAGACCCCGAAGCACGUCUCGUAUAUCUUCAAUACGGAAACGAGGUCAGACUUACCUGGCGCGUUGAGACUGACGUCGUAGAGAACUGGCUGCUUACAUAUGUCGAUGCUUCUUCAAUGAACGAGAUAUUGGGCGUUGUUGAUUACGUGUCUGACAUGGCGAGCUAUCAAGUCUAUCGGUGGGGGGUAAAUGACCCCGAUGAGGGUUCACGCACUACUGUCAUGGAACCUUGGCUCUUAUCUGCCUCUCCGUUCACCUGGAUUAGUGACGGCACUAACAAUUAUACCACAACGCGUGGAAACAAUGGAAUUGCACAGGUAAACCCUUCCGGGGGCUCGUACUACCUCGACAAUUAUCGACCUGAUUCUCCGGAGCUUCAGUUCGAGUACCCUUAUUCGCCGGAUCAGACAGACCCCGUUGAGUACAGGAAUGCAUCAAUUACUCAGCUGUUUUACACAGCCAACAUGUUCCAUGAUCUCCUAUGCACACUGGGUUUUACGGAGGCUGCCGGGAACUUUCAGGUGAAUAAUAACGGUCAAGGCGGCAAAGGAGAUGAUCCUGUGAUUCUUGACGCGCAAGAUGGCUCUGGAUCCAAUAAUGCGUACUUUGCUACCCCACCAGAUGGAAGCCCUGGACGAAUGACGAUGUUGAUGUAUACUUGGACCCCUCCUGAGCGUGAUAGCAGCUUCGAAGCCGGCGUGGUUAUACAUGAAUACGCUCAUGGUCUUUCCAACCGACUCACAGGCGGUCCAACAAACUCCAACUGCUUUGGCGGUGAAGAAUCAGGCGGCAUGGGCGAGGGCUGGUCCGAUUUCUUCGCCACUGCUGUCCGUAUCAAACCCAAUGACACUCGAGACACGGACUAUCCUAUAAGUGCAUGGGUCAAUGAUUGGGCUCCCGGCAUCCGCGCAUAUCCAUACUCGACCAGUAUGACUACGAACCCGCAUGUCUACUCUAAUAUUGAUAAAAUGGGUGGUGAACCCCAUAGCAUCGGUGAAAUCUGGGCCAGCGUUCUGUAUGAGAUCUUGUGGAACCUCAUAGAUAAAUAUGGCAAGAAUGAUGGGGACUUUCCAGACUUUGACAGCAAUGGUGUCCCCACUGAUGGCAAGUUCCUUAGCAUGAAGAUUGUCUUGGACGCCAUGGCGCUGCAACCUUGCUACCCGGCCUUUAUUCAAGCUCGCAAGGCUAUCAUCGAUGCGGAUAAAGCCUUGACUGGGGGAGCUAAUUAUUGCGAGCUCUGGGCCGGAUUUUCCAAGCGUGGGAUGGGUCCUGAUGCAACUAAUUCUACGUAUAAGCCUCGCAUGGACGACUUCAAUCUACCAGUAGGCUGCUUGAAUUGA